UAUCGUGCAUCUGACGCCACAGACUGUUCAGGAGCUCACUGAUGCCCUGAUCCAGGUCUGGGAGGAGAUCCCCCAGGACAUUAUCUGCCGACUCAUCAGGAGCAUGCCCGGACGUUGUCAGGAGUGCGUACAGGCAGGCAGGGGCCAUACACAACACAGAGUCACAUUAUGAGUUGGAUCAGCCUGUGAUUUUAAUCUUUGGUAUGAUUUUCAAUGAUUUGAUUUUGGGUUCCACUGACCGUUGUUACGUCAUUUUGUUCUCAACAAAUUACACAAUGUACAUCAAUAAAGACUGUCAACUUGAAUAAUUAAUUCAUCAAGAUCUGAUGUGUGAUUCAAGUGCUCCCUUAAUUUUUUUGAGCAGUGUAGUUAAUGAUAAAUGUCUCGGGAGUGUGUCUGUCUUUAGCCCCCUUAACUCUCCCUGUAACAGUUUGUGCUCUGUACACACUUCCCCUCCCUCUUCCUCUGUGUCUGAAUGCCACAGGCCUCUCACCCCUCAGUCCAGAUUUAGACCUCAGUCUCUCCCGGACAUUCAGACCCAGCUGACUGUAGCCGGCUGGUGGUGCACAGGUUCUCUUGUAUUCCUCAGUCUUUUGUUUCCAUUACUUCCUCUCCUUCCUGCCCUUCUUCACUGUGCCUGGACUGAUCUGACAUGGUAGCAGCGCCUGCCAGAUGUCUGAGCCGGACAGCGGGACGAGGGUUGUAGUCCAGGGUUUCGCCAAUCGGUGUGGUUCCACAGAGGCGGACCUCCUGCUCCUCUUCCCCAACCAUGGAGCCUCUUGCAGAGACUCUCUUUGAUAACAGCCAACAUGAACAGCCACCCUCUGUAAUGACCUGUGAUUAACCAAAGUGUCCUGUCACAGGCUAAAUCUUCUAAAGCCUGCAAACAGAGCCAAGAGGAGGUGCAGAAGGUUCCAUUAUUUGAGCUGGACCAUGAGGAGGAUGAGGAAGAGGGUGGCCUCUCAAUGAAGAGCAGAGGUGGCUGUACAUAUGCAACACAUGGCCUUGCGACCCCUGCAGGCACAGACCCUGACGCCUUCAUAUACAUGAACUUCAUGAAGAGUCACUGCUGCUACGACGCCAUCCCCACCAGCUCCAAACUGGUCAUUUUUGACACAACACUACAGGUGAAGAAGGCUUUCUUUGCUCUGGUGGCUAACGGUGUGAGGGCAGCGCCACUGUGGGACAACAAGCUGAAGUGUUUUGUGGGUAUGCUGACCAUCACUGACUUCAUCAACAUUCUCCAUCGCUAUUACAAGUCUCCUCUGGUUCAGAUCUAUGAGCUGGAAGAACACAAGAUAGAGACAUGGAGAGAGAUCUAUCUACACUCUGUUAACAGACUGAUCAGCAUCACUCCUGACUGCAGUCUGUUUGAUGCCAUCUACUCCUUGUUGAAGAAUAAGAUACACCGACUGCCAGUCAUCGACCCGGCAACAGGAAAUGUUCUCCACAUUCUCACUCACAAACGCAUUCUGAAGUUUCUCCACAUCUUUGGAUCUACGAUUCCUAAACCCAGGUUUCUUCAGAGGCGGAUCAAUGAAGUGGCAAUCGGUACCUUCAAAGAGAUCGCAACAGUCAAGGAAUCGGCCACUGUUUUCGAAGCUCUGAGCGUUUUUGUAGAGAGAAGAGUGUCCGCUCUGCCUGUAGUCAAUGAGCAAGGUAAAGUCGUGGCGCUGUACUCCAGAUUUGAUGUCAUUAACCUCGCAGCCCAGAAAAACUACAACAACCUGAAUAUGACGAUGCGGGAGGCCAUUACCUCCAGAGCCUGCUGGGUGGAGGGAGUCCUCAAGUGUUACCCUUACGAAACCCUGGAGACCAUCAUCGACCGCAUUGCAAGGGCUGAGGUUCAUCGUUUGGUGUUGGUUGACAGCCAAGAUGUGGUGAAAGGGAUUGUCUCACUAUCUGACCUUCUACAAGCCCUGGUUCUCACUCCUGCAGGUAUUUACGCGGGAUCGUACUGUCAAGAUGGAUGAAAACAAGAUGGAGAUUAAUCACGUAAAAGACUAUGGGGUGGCAAAGUAAAUGAGAGGUUAGCAGAGCGGGUGUGACGAAGAAGUCACCGUUUUCAGUCCCCGUCAGGAGACAAAUAUAGAAAAAAAAAGUGACAAUCGUUCUUACCAAUAAAAUGGACGCCAGAAAAGACUGUGGUUGUGCUGGGAAGCUGCCAGUGUUGAACUAUAUCACAGGUGUGGCUGGAAAACAGCACUCAACUAAUGAUACACAUCCAGAGACUUCUGAACUGACUCUGACUAAAGAAUAACUUGGUGGUUAUUUUGGGAGUUCUGGUUUGUUGAUUCGACAUUAUUAAAAAAAAAAAAGGUUGGGGAUGGAAUGUUUAAUGGUUUGUAGGAUAUUAUAUUUAAUGGUUUUUACUUGACUUUCUGGUCUUAGUAUGAUUGCAAAUUCAUUCAUACAUUGAAAAUAUUGGAUUUACAUUUUUGUAAAUGUACUUGUGCUCCAAUCACUGUG